AUGGGUGGCAUUAAAGGCUUCAAAGAAGAAGGCUUUGAAAUUGCUGAAGUUGAAGAAGUCUCAUCAAAAAGCAUAGAGAACGUAUUCCCGACUCACCAACCUGAUGAUCUCGUUUCAGCCAAUGUUCGUGAAAUAUGCGAGAGAUAUGAAUUGCCCGAAUAUAAAGACAUCUUAGAGAGAGGGGCUUUGCUGGCUAAUAGACCUGAAAUUUUUGAGAGUGAUGAAAACUCAGAAGCUGAAAAGAGGUUAUCCGGGGAGAAACAUACUCAUCUACUGUUAUCCAUUUUGCGGUCAAAGAUACUGGCAGUUAUCUGCACUUCACACACCAUCUGA